AGGAUCCCAAUCCCAACUUCAAGUGCCUAUCAAGGUUAAUAAUACAAGCUAAUCUAAGGAGGGGGAGCGGAAAAAAAAAAACCCAGUAAAAAGAAAGUGUACGCAGUGUGGGAUUUUCUCAAUCAUAAACCCAAUCUAUUAACACGAUACGCAACAACCUUCUGGUGGUGCGUCAUACAAAAUCGAGUUGGUCACCGGCUCCCUCGUCCGACACGAGCGAGCGCGCGCGGGAUGGCGACAUCCCACACGUGGGAGUUCGUACGGAGCGUGCUCGCGCGCGUUGGCCUCGCCCUUAAAAACACGGACGCCGAGGUUUAUCUCCGCAGGUGGCUGAAAAAAAAAUUAGGAGGAAAAGAAGAGAGAAAAAAAAAAAGGUGGGGGAGAAAAUGGUUUUGGGGGAGGUUAGGGUUUUGAGACCGCUGGUCCACCUCCUGAUCCCGCUCUGCAUACAUUGGAUCGCGGAGGAGAUGACCGUCUCUGUGCUCGUCGACGUCACCACUCGUGCUCUCUGCCCCGGCCAAGCGCCUUGCGCUGAGGCGAUUUAUCUCACCGGGCUCCAGCAGACGGUUGUUGGAGUUUUUAAAAUGGUGGUGCUUCCUGUAUUGGGUCAGCUUGCUGAUGAUUAUGGGCGUAAACCGUUGCUUCUUAUUACUAUUUCAACUUCCAUUGUCCCCUUUGCUGUACUUGCUUGGAACGAGUCAAGAGCUUUUGUGUAUGCGUACUUUGUUCUUCGUACAAUUUCACAAAUCAUCAGUCAAGGAAGCAUAUUCUGCAUUUCAGUUGCUUAUGCGGCAGAUGUGGUGGAAAGCAGUAAAAGGGCUUCAGCAUUUGGAUGGAUAACUGGACUUUUCUCUGCUUCGCAUGUGCUGGGAAAUGUCUUAGCACGGUUUCUUCCAGAAGGAUGGAUAUUCGAGGUGUCAAUAACUUUGUUAGCCUGUUCCAUCCUUUACCUGAAAAUUUUCCUAGUGGAGACCAUCAGUAAAGUUGCGAGGCCACAUCAACAUGUUCCAUGCUCAACCACGGCUCUCAGGGUCAUUCAGGAAAGGUGGAACUCAAUGAAAGGCACUAUUGUUGUUGUCGCUACUAGCGGAAUACUUACGCGCAUCUCACUCAUUUCCUUCUUCUAUGAGUUAGGCAUGUCUGGCAUAAACAGUAUAUUACUGUACUAUCUGAAAUCAGCUUUUGGAUUUGAUAAAAAUCAGUUCUCAGAAAUUCUGAUUAUGGUCGGCGUUGGCUCCAUAUUUUCUCAGAUUUUGUUGCUUCCACUUAUCAAUCCGUGUGUUGGAGAAAAAGGAGUACUGUGCAUAGCUUUGAUUUCUUCAAUUGCUGAUGCAGUACUUUAUGGUUUGGCUUGGGCACCAUGGGUUCCUUACCUCAGUGCAUCAUUUGGUGUCGUUAAUGUUCUUGUGAAACCAUCUACUUAUGCUAUCGUAUCGAAGGCUGCAAUUGCUACUGAUCAGGGAAAGGCACAGGGAUUUAUUGCCGGUGUGCAGGCGGUUGCCAGCUUGUUAUCGCCUCUUGUGAUGAGUCCAUUGACAUCUCUCUUUAUAUCGAGCGAGGCUCCAUUUAACUGCAAAGGUUUCAGCAUACUCGUGGCAUCUAUCUCCCUGGCUAUUGCUCUAGUGUAUGCUUGCCAGCUAGAUACAGGGAAUAGAGACAGAAGUGCAACUCGUGACAACUCAUCACCUGAAUCUAUUGAAGCGCCCCUUCUCAUAGAAAGCAUUGGGUAGAGCCUUUGAUCUCUAGCUGCUGAUUGACAACCAAGAUACGGUACAAAAGCACGCUCAAUGGCUUUAUUGUCACGGCAAAUCUCCUUAACAGUCUUUUCCCCUCGUAUGCAAAGCUGUGUUGUGCUGUUAUUAUUAGGAUGAGUUUUGCUAUGGGGGAUCCCGACUAAAUUUACAGCGCACCGGUAGAUUUCGCUGUAAGCGGGGGAGCUGAUAGUAUUUGCACAGCGUCAUGCAACCCUAGCUCCGGUUGUUGUUUGUACACUUUCGAUCCGAAAGUUGAGAGCAACUUCUCUUUAGAAGUUGGCCAGAAUUUUCUUUUUGCCUCUAUACGUGAAUGUAUCUGUUGUUCCGACUACUAUGUCUAACCGCUGCAUUUAGAGAUGCGAUUUAAGACCU